GUCCCGUAGGUGGGGAUUUAAAAUGCCGGAAAAAAAAACCGACGUUAUACCAUCGCGCAGUGGGGUUCUGGUUUAGUCAGAGCCGGGUGGAGCCAGAGAGAGAGAGAGAGAGAGAGAGGACAGGAUUUCCACCACCGACCGACCUCCCCCCUCUUUUACUCGCUCGCAGUCUUUUUUUUUCCCUCCCCUCUGCGUACAGUCGUGCCCCCCGAAUUUGUUUUUGGGGUAUUAUUAUUACCGAACUGCCUUGAAAAACCAGACAGGGAAACAACAAGGGAGAGAGAGAGAGAAAGAAAACUGCCCUGUGAAAAAAUGACGACGACGACCACCUUCCAGGGGAUGGACCCCAGCUCGAAAAACAGUUCCAGGGUGCUGCGGCCACCGGGCGGAGGCUCCAACAUCUCCUUCGGCACCGGAGACGACGAGGCCAAAGCCCAGAACACUCGCAAGAACCGAACCGCCUCCAACAUCUUCGCCGAGCCCGAGGACCCCCACGCUCACAGACGGAACAACCCGCCGGGUGGGAAGCCCACAGGUAUAUUCAGUGGUGAACCCUCAGCUCCCCUGAGGAGGUGUCACCCCCAGCCUGUUGUACAGACCAACACUGUCUCGGAGGAAGCAAAAACUGGGGAUGGAGAAACCGAAAAGGCCAGUGCUGAAAAUUCAGAAGAGGUUGAAAGUGUCCAGGAACAGAAGGAAGAGGCACCACAGCCCUCGGCGCCAACAGUACCUGCUGCUGCUCCGACUGGCCGGAGAAACCCGCCGGGGGGAAAGUCCAGCCUUGUCCUGGGUUGAGCUUGCUUUCUUUGAACUGUUUCAUUUUUAUUUUGUAUCCCCCUUAUCUGUGUGAGCCAUGGAAUUUCAAUCUUACUUUUUUUUUUCUAAUGCAUCUACAGAAGCACUUUAUGUAUCUUUCAUUUCAGCCCAUCCUGUAGUGCACCAGGCCUGCUGGAAAAGGCAUGAAGUUAAACUUGUCUCUCAUUCUCCCUGAUGUAAAUGGUAAAGGAUUUGAUGCGUGAAUUUCUAAAUACAAUAAAGAUUGAUAUGAAGUUG